UUUGGAUUAAUUGAUUUAAGACCUAACCAGACUUGAGCAGAAGAGUCCAACAGUUUGGCUCCUCUCUGAAGCAACCUCUGGAUUACAAUUGCUCAAAUUAGAGAAACCUGUGGUCCUGCCUAGUCAUCUAAAGAACAAGAAGGGAAAUGCUGACAUGACAUUUAAUUUUUAAGCUCUUCCAAGGCAAAGAAGGCUGAAGACUCGUGAAAGCAGACUUGUUUGGAAAAAAACAGAGGGAUAAGUAAUUUAGAAGUCACGGUUUCAAAGUUGAACUCCUCUUACCAGGAGCCUGAAAGCCUGUGGUAGGACAAAGCAUCUGUACAGCUUUUGGGUAUCUGGAAGAUUUUUUUCACAACAGCAGGUAACCAAGGGAAGUGCUGCAACGUUUAUCAUAUCUAAGAUCUGUUUGUUUUUCUUGACCCAGCAAUCCCUCUACAGUAUUUAAGGUCAGGGAUGAGCACUUUGUUACUAGCGUUGCAGGCAGCAGGCUGGAGUCGUGUUCUGCUGCGUUCAGUUUCAACUCAGUGUUACCGCACCAUGUCUUCUCAAAAAUUAUUGGUGUCACCUCCUCCACCUUUGCUACAGCCCCUGUCUGUGCCAGACAGGCUACUGCUGGGCCCUGGGCCCUCCAACCCCCCUCCUCGGAUCCUGUCUGCAGGUGGACGACAGCUCAUAGGACAUAUGCAUAAAGAAAUGAUUCAGAUCAUGGAUGAAAUCAAACUGGGAAUCCAGUAUGCUUUCCAGACAAAGAACCCCCUCACACUGGCUGUCAGUGGCACAGGCCACUGUGCCAUGGAAGCGGCUGUCCUAAAUAUGGUGGAGCAAGGUGACAAAGUGUUGGUUGCUGUGAAUGGCUUCUGGGGCGAACGAGUGACUGAUAUCGCCAAGAGGCUUGGAGCUGAAGUACAUCAGCUGGUAAAGAACCCUGGAGAGUAUUUUACUCUAGAAGAAAUUGAGAAGGGUUUGAUUCAGUAUGCUCCCUUUUUAUUUUUUAUUACACACGGAGAAUCUUCCACGGGAGUGGUUCAGCCACUAGAUGGCCUUGGAGAGCUUUGUCACAGGUAUAAUUGCUUACUACUGGUGGAUGCUGUUGCAUCACUAGGGGGCACUCCAGUACUAAUGGACCAGCAAGAAAUCGACAUUCUAUACAGUGGCUCCCAGAAAGUCUUAAGUGCACCGCCUGGUGCUUCUCCUAUUUCAUUUAGCAACAGAGCAAGGAAGAAGAUUUAUAACAGAAAGACAAAACCAUCCUCCUUCUAUCUGGACAUGGAAGAGCUGGCUAAAUACUGGGGAUGUGAUGAUAAUCCAAGGAAAUAUCAUCAUACUGCUCCCAUCAACACAUUCUUCUGUCUACGAGAAGCUUUGGCAGCUCUUGCAGAAAAGGGGCUUGAAACCUCUUGGAAACUUCAUAAGGAAAACAGUCUGUAUUUGUGUGAAGGACUGCAGAAGUUAGGCCUCAAACUCUUCGUGAAAGAACCGGAUGCAAGACUUCCAACAGUCAACACUGUUUUUAUACCCGAGGGAUAUGACUGGAAAGAAAUAACUGAAUAUAUUAUGAAAAAUCAUGGGAUUGAAGUUUCAGGAGGCCUGGGUGCUUCAGCAGGCAAGGUUCUUCGAAUAGGACUGAUGGGUUACAACUCUACUAAAUUCAAUGUUGACAGAGUGCUUCGCGCCCUGGAAGAUGCUCUCCAGCAUUGUCUCAAGAAUAAGCUAUGAUAUCUUACCUCAUUGUUUAGAGAAACUGGUUCCUAUCUUCUCUUUACCCUCACUCUCUCAAUCUGUUUAGAGCAGUAUUGCCCAGUGGUCUUUCUAAUAAAUUGCUUCAGCUUUGCUAUCUUUCACAGUGCACUUAGAAAGAGAAAUCCAGAAGAACUAGACCAGUCAUUGAAGCCAAAAUUCUCAAGAUGUUUCAGUGCUUUUUUUAUAUGAGCACAUUCAAAAUUCCUUUUGUUCAUCCCACAGUGUUUGCAGAGCUAUACUGUAGCUUACAGUUCACAGGAAAUAAACUUCAUUUUAAUUUCACCUUGUUCUGUGGACAGGAACAGAACUUUGUGAACUAUCUGCGAAUUCUCCAACAAGGCUGUCUGAUUAGUUGCUGUCAUCCUCUUUCUUUCCCCUCACUAAAUGUACUUUUAAUUGUGUAAGCUGGAGUAGUGCACAUCUGUACAAACAUGCACAUGCUUUAGGUGCUAUGUAGAUAUGAGAGACUAUGUUCUAGACAUAAAACUUUUAAAUCUUUCAGAGUA